CCGUGUCCGCGAAGGUCGUCUGCGAGGGUUUGAGGGUCGGCGUGCGCGCGCAGCCAGCCGCCAGUCGCACUCAGUCGAUCCGCAGCGUCGCGCGUCGACAGCUGCCGGCGCCAUCAACCAUUACCACAUCCGACGCGGACUUAUUCCAUCACAAUAACUAACCAACCACCUGUUCUAAAUCAACUAUCUUCCAAGUUACAACAGUGCUAGUGCAUGUGAUCAGCUGAUCACCAGCUGACUGUCACCUGUCCUCAUAGGUGACCAACGACGAGUGUAGUGAACCAAACAUUAGUGAAAAGUGAUGCUCGGUGGUUGGCAAUUAAUUUUAAAUAGUCAAUAAACAAAACAAAUAUGUCCGUGGAAACGCAGGAGUACAUCAACGGCAUGAGGCCGGGACCCUUGACGAGGGAGAUCCCAGAAUGUAUGAGAGACAAGUACACCGUCGUGCAAGCGAUUAUAGACCUUAUAAUCUUUGUCAUCGCCGGUAUCGGAUAUGUGAUAAAAGCUUUCUACCAAACUAUUGUUGGCCGGCAUAAAAAGGACCUCAAAGGUGCAGUUGCUGUGGUGACGGGCGGCGGUGGUGGCCUGGGCAGCCUUAUAGCUCUGAGGCUGGCCCGCCUCGGCUGCACCGUCGUGCUGUGGGACAUCAACAAACAAGGAUUGGAAGACACGGUGAAGCUGGUGAAAGGCAUCGGCGGAAAAUGCUCCGGGUAUGUGGUGGACCUGGCCAGCCGAGAAGACAUCUACAGGGUCGCUAAGAAAGUCGAAGAAGAAGUCGGCAAGGUAAAUCUGCUGAUCAACAAUGCUGGUGUAGUCUCCGGGAGGUAUCUACUCGACACGCCCGACCACCUCAUCCAGAGGACCUUCGAUGUCAACAUCUUAGCCCAUUUCUGGACGGUGAAAGCAUUCUUGCCAUCCAUGAUCGAGAACAAUGAUGGACACAUAGUGACCAUCGCCUCGAUGGCCGGUCACGUCGGAGUGGCCAAGCUGGUGGACUACUGUUCCUCGAAGGCGGCCGCCUGUGGCUUUGAUGAGGCCUUGAGGCUGGAGCUAGAAACCCAAGGCAUCAAAGGAGUCCGAACAUCCCUUAUAUGCCCGUACUUUAUUCGUUCUACUGGCAUGUUUGAGGAGGUUAACUCAAGAUUCGUGCCCCAACUGAACUCGAACGACGUGGCUGAUCGCGUGGUGCUGGCUAUCCGCACCGACGAGCCCUUCGCCCUCAUUCCUGGCUACUUCCGUGUCUUGCUGCCGUUCAAGUGGUUGGUGCCAUGGCCAUGCAUAUCCGAUUUGAUCCGAGGAUUAGUUCCUGACGCCGUGCCAAUACCGGCUGCAGGUCACGCGGCGCCUGUAGCCGAGAAGGUGUCCAGCAAACCUUCACUGGACGUGAAGCUUGGAGCGGGUCCCAUGACAGUGCUGCCCCCCGCGCGACAUGACCGACAUGUGUGACGUCAUCCAAGGAUGUUGUUGUAGAACUAGUUACCUGGGAGGCGAGAGGCUUAACGACUUUUCAGUACAAGUUCUAUAAACCAAACAAAAUACAGAUUUUUAUGUUCAUUUGACAGUUUUGAUCUGAAAUUAAAUUGAAGAAUUUCGGAUAACCUUAUGGUUUGUUCUCCUAUAGUGCAUUUUAUGUAUUUAUUACAAUAAUUUAUUUCCAUUAAAUCGUAUUAAUUUUUAACCAGCGAUAUAUAAGUUCAAGCCUCUCGUUCCUCUUUGUUAAACGAUAUCAGGUUAGCAGAUACGGUUAGUUAAUAUUACAUUACAUGUACAAUAUAAGUAUAUAAUAUGUUAUCUUGACACUGACUGUGUUCAACAUCGCAUGUGUUUAUGCAUCUACGGACUGCUGUAUUGCCUUUUAUAUUAAACUGAAAUUACGGGGCCUUAUAAAAUUAUUGCGAGUAAAUGAGCUUGCUAACAAGCAUUUAGAAAAAAUAUUGUAGAUGGUUGCACUUGCAACGUUUUAAGGUGAAUAGCUAUAGAAUUAACGUUUGAGAUUUUUGUAACUGCACACUAUGUUACCUUUUGAGAUAGCGAUGGUAUGGUGCUUAUCAAAAGCAAUAACUAGCAAAGGUGCCGUCUAGGUGGUACAUAUUACGAGUACGUUUGCAUUAAUAGAUUAUAUAUCUACCUAGAUAACAUAAACGGAAUGCAAACGUAUAAGUACCUCAAGCUAGUGGGCUCAACUGCUGUAGGGACGUAUCAUGGCGGUAUUUCUUCUUCAGAAAACAUCACUAAAUAUUGAAUAAAGCAUUUAUGAUUCUAUAUAACGUUAAACGAAUAAUAUUUUCAAGACUAAUGUGCAUUUCAGUAACAGUCUUCAAAACUUUGGUAGGUACUUAUUAUAGGGAUAGUAGUUUUGACCCAAAAUUAUGGUUUGAAAACCGACAUAAGACUAUUUUAAAACUUCCAAGUAUGACUCCAGCUUCUAAACCAUUUUUUUAUAUUUAAUUGAUCAUUGAUAAAAACCACAAUUUGGUAAUCUCGUACUUAAUGUAUGUACAUAAUGUUUUUUUGUAAUUUUCUUUAAGAAUUAGUUGUGUACGAACACCUGUGGUACUUAGUCAAACUAAGAUAUAAUCUAAGAUAUACUGGAUGUGAUUUAUAAAUAAGAUUUUUCUACCGCUAAUAUUAUUGAUAAAGAAUUGUACUCUUUUGCUAUAAAUUGAUUUUAUAUAAUGUUAAUAAAAUGUGAUUUAAAUGAUCAUAAAAUAAGAGCAUCCUGUACUUACAAGUAUACCUCUUUUAUAUUAGGACUUAUUUUUAGUUAUUUUUAAGGUUUUUUGUUAAUAUCGGAGAAGGGAUGACAUUGUAAGUUUUUAAGAAUAUUAUGUAAAUAUGAUUUAUAUUUUGUUUAGUCUUCCAGAUAACAAUGUGGUUACGGUGUUAAGGUAAACAGAUCUUAUGAUAGGUACGAAAUAUCAUAAAAUCGACAUCCUUGUAUCUCAAUUUUGAUCCUAAGUUAAUUUUAUCAGAAAUCGCUAUCAGCCCAAACCUUAAGUCUCUAUAAGAGUCUUCCAUAUUUUUUAUAGGACAUUUUUUUAUAAGCUCUAGUGGCUCUGUUUACCCUAAACCCUAUCGCAUAAUGUUACCUCUUUUACUUAUUAUUUUAUAUCAAUACGUUGUGGUGGAAGAUUGAUGCAUUCAACUAUGUUCAUUCUGAUUUUAUAUAAUUUCGUAUCACAAUGAGAAUGCGUGGAUGGUCAAGAUUAAUAAAUCCAUAAAAAUGUUAA